CUUCUAGUUCUUCCGGCGAGGUGAAUGGAUUAACUCUUUUUUUUAAAAAAAAUCCAGAAACAUGAAUACCAAGUUCGUAAAACACGAGAGAAUCGAUCCACCAGCCGAACGACUGCCAUCUUCAUCAGCUAUAAAAGAGCCGACAAAUCUAGGUGCUCCGCACAGUGAUACAGAUCACUUGCGCCAUCACAAGUCGCAAGCCAAAACCAUCUCACUGACUAGCUCGAGCUCACCAUGGAAUUCUCCUCGAGUUCAACGUCUCUCUUCCUCCUCCUCUCUAUCCUGCCUCUCCUCUACUUUCUUUGCCAGCGCCACGACCCCAAGAAGCAGCCUCACGCCCAUGGGCUCAAGUCCUACCCCGUCGUCGGCACACUGCCGCACUUCGCCAAGAACAAGGAUCGCUUCCUUGAGUUUAUAACCGAAAUCAUGAAGCGGAGCCCCACGCACACCUUGUCGUUCAAGGCGCUCGGCCUCACCGGCGGCGUCAUCACCGCCAACCCGGCCAAUGUCGAGUAUACGCUGAAGACUAACUUUGGUAACUACCCCAAGGGCGAGCUCGCCGUGUCCAUGCUCGUCGACUUCCUCGGCCAUGGCAUCUUCAACUCCGACGGCGAGCAGUGGCAGUGGCAGCGGAAGGCCGCCAGCUACGAGUUCAACAAGCGCUCGCUGAGGAACUUCGUGGUGGACACCGUCAGGUCCGAGGUCGUCGAGAGGCUGCUGCCGCUGCUGGAGCGGGCGGAGCGCGACGGCCGGACGCUGGACGUGCAGGACGUGCUGGAGCGCUUCGCGUUCGACAACAUCUGCCAUGUCGCCUUCGACGAGGACCCGGCGUGCCUCGCCGAGGACAGCAUGGCCUCGCCCCAGAGCGCGAAGUUCAUGCGCGCGUUCAGUGACGCGCAGAAUGCCGUGAUGGACCGGUUCAUGUCGCCGGUCAAGUCGCGGUGGCGCUUCAAGAGGCUGUUCAACAUGGAGCCCGAGAGGCAGAUGCGGGAGGCGCUCGCCACGAUCCACGGCUUCGCCGAGCGGAUCGUCCGGGAGCGCAGGGAGAGAGGGGAGGCCGGGCUGGCGCGCAGUGACGACUUCCUGUCGCGCUUCGCCGCGAGCGGCGAUCACAGCGACGAGAGCCUCCGUGACGUGGUGACCAACUUCCUCAUCGCCGGGCGCGACACGACGUCGACGGCGUUGACCUGGUUCUUCUGGCUACUGUCCGGCCGGCCCGACGUGGAGGACAAGAUCGUACGCGAGAUCCACGCAGUGCGGCGCGCUUCCGGUGGCACAGGCGACCCGACGUUCAACUUGGACGAGCUGCGUGACAUGCAAUACCUCCAUGCCGCCAUCACCGAGUCCAUGCGGCUGUACCCACCCGUGGCCAUGGACUCGCACAGCUGCAAGGAGGACGACUUCCUGCCGGACGGCACGUUCGUGGGGAAAGGGUGGUUUGUGUCCUACAGCGCGUACGCGAUGGCACGGGUGGAGGACAUCUGGGGCGCGGACUGUGAGGAGUUCAGGCCAGAGCGGUGGCUAGACGAGGCCGGCGCGUUCCGGCCGGAGAGCCCGUUCAAGUACCCGGUUUUCCACGCGGGGCCGAGGAUGUGCCUCGGCAAGGAGAUGGCCUACAUACAGAUGAAGUCCAUUGUAGCAUCUGUGCUUGAGAGGUUCAGUCUCCGGUAUGCCGGUGGCGAGGGACACCCGGGGUUCGUGCUCUGGUUGACGUUGCGCAUGAAGGGCGGUUUACCGAUGCAAGUGACCACUAGAGGUUGAUGGCCGUAGCAACUUGUGGACUACGCUGUUAGAGAGUUGCUCCCGCUUAACCCGAGAAAUAAAAGAAAUUGGUGUGCUUGUUUUCUCCGAGUGGCGAAUGGUCGGCCGGCACCUUUCGAGCUUACGUUAGUUGCGUGCUUGUGUUUGGCACGCAGUGGAGCUUUUGAAAAUAAUCGAGAUCCUCUGUGCAGUAAUGCACAUGAUCUGCAUCAUAUCCAGAUAUCCUCGAGAAAGGUGGUGUGCUACAGUACAAAUAGUACUACUAUUGGUGUGUGGACAGGAUUGAUAUCCUCUCGCCGGUCGACUACAUCGUUCACGGACAUAUGGGCCCGAUGAUCUUUAGGCCCGCAUGUCUGUGACAAAGACGCACCAAGACGCGGUGCAGUCGACUGCGAAGAAUCUUUAUCUAUGUGGAUGAUGUAGAUGGAUGCCAACUCAAAAAAAAUUGGUUAUUGCGUUCGUUUGCAA